UAGCAAAUUCUGCACCCAAACCACUCACACACGCACCCAAGACCCCAGGGCCCUUCAGUGAAGUUGGCUCGAUUUCUGACAUUUGCAAUGUAUCAACAGUUCUCCGCUACAUCAUCCAACGAUUAUGGACAAAUGAUAAUGUCGGCGCCUGCUGCAGGCCCUAGCACUGUAGCACCACAUGCAACUACUACCGCUCCCCCACCAGCACUGCCAAAAUCGCAGCCGCUUGUGGCGACCGGCAAUUGGACGACUGAACUCGUACAGCUUGCAAAGACCGCUGAACUCAAAAAACAUUCCCUGACGCUGCAACUGCAUACUGCUAAUAUAGUUGCUGCUCAUAAUACCCUGGAACAAAAGGAUAAGGCAAUUCAAGAUAUCAAAGAACAGAAAAACCGAUUGGAUAGUGAACGUGCACGACUACUUAGUGCGCUAGCAGAGAUAAACGUAGACCGUGACAAGGUGGAUCUCCUCGAAGCAUCCAUCACACGGGAAUGUACGGAUUUGAGGCAACAAAUCCAAACCCUCCAAGAAGGCGAAUAUGCUAUCGCAAAAGCGGACGUUGAUCGCUUGCGGGCCGAGCUCGGUCAGCCCCCGCUCCCCCCACUCCAAACCAAGCUCGAUGAGAAGACGUCUCAGUAAGUCUCAUAUGUUCCACCCGGUCGUGAUUUUAGAGCCGUUUCUGCCUGAUACGUUCGGUCCGGCACGGAUCGCCGGAAAUGCUGCGGUACUACCACGCUCCGAUAGAGGAGCGUGGCGAUCCUUAUUCGUCGCACGGCGGGAUCGGGCGUGCCAAUUCUGCGCACUCUGGAGCGCCGCCUUGCACUAUUCUGGUCUGUGUCGGCGUAUAUUAACUCCCCGCUAUUCCCUUAACAGGUAUCUGCCACUACCAAACGCCCACGA